CUCUUCCGAUGCACGGCGCCGACUCCUCGCCUUUUGCUGCGCCCACAAAUCCUGCGACAUGAACUACGCCCAACACCUGUUCGAGGAAAUGCCGAAUCCGGACCCCUUCCUUUGGAACUCCAUGAUAAGGAGCUAUUCGAAUAGCAACUCCCCGGAAGCUGCGGUAUCGAUGUACAUCCACAUGCUCGCGAGAGGCUUCGAACCCAACGUCUACACCUUCCCUUUCUUGCUCAAGGCCUUUACUCGCGACGCGGUGAUCGCGUGGGGCGACGAGCUCCACGCGCACGUGCUCAAGUUCGGUCUUGGCUCAAAUGCCCAUGUGAGGAAUGCAUUGAUCCAUAUGUACGCUUGUAGCGGCGACAUCGAGACGGCCCAACAUCUGUUCGAGAGGAGUUAUAAGAGAGAAGCGGUAAUGUGGAACGCUAUGAUCUCUGGACAUAAUAGGAACAAGCAGUUCGAGAUGUCAUGCAAGAUAUUCGUAGACAUGGUGAAGCAGUGCGUUAGUCCCACUGCAAUCACUUACAUUUCGGUUAUAUCAGCUUGCGCGAAGCUAAGAGAUUUGGACUUUGGUAUACAGGUCCAUAAGCACAUCAAAGAGAGCGGUACACUGCCCAAUUUGAAGAUAGAGAACGCGCUAGUUGAUAUGUACGCUGAGUGCUGUGACAUGGAUGCCGCGUUGAGAUUGUUUGAGGGCAUGAAAACCAGAGAUGUAAUAUCUUGGACGGCAUUGGUUGUUGGGUUUGCGAGGUUGGGACAAAUCGAUCGAGCUAAACAAUUGUUCAAUCAAAUGCCUGAGCGUGAUGCCGUAUCAUGGACGGCCAUGAUCGACGGCUACGUGCGCACCAACCAGUUCAAGGAAGCCCUUGAGAUGUUUCGCGACAUGCAAACACAGGAUUUCAGACCGGAUGAGUUCACCAUGGUUAGCGUUCUUACAGCAUGUGCGCAGUUAGGAGCUCUUGAAAUGGGAAAUUGGGUUAGGGUUUACAUGGACCGACACAAAAUCAAGAUGGAUGUUUUUGUGCAAAAUGCAUUAAUAGAUAUGUAUUCAAAGUGUGGUAGAGUCAAAACUGGGCUUGAGAUAUUCCAUAAGAUGCACGAAAGAGAUAAGUUUACUUGGACGGCCAUGAUCGUCGGUCUUGCGAUCAACGGGCAUGGGGAAGAUGCACUUCAACUGUUCAACAAAAUGCUUAGAGCUUCUGAAUCACCAGAUGAGGUAACCUUCAUUGGUGUUCUUACAGCUUGUGCUCAUGCCGGUUUGGUUAGUAAGGGAAGAGAAUUAUUCUUGGGUAUGAUCACAACCUACGGAAUAAAACCUAAUGUCACACAUUACGCUUGUAUGAUUGAUCUCCUGGGUCGAGCCGGGCAUCUAAAAGAAGCAUUCGAGACCACAACGAACAUGCCCAUGAGAACCAAUUCUGCAAUAUGGGGAACAUUGCUAGGAGCUUGUAGGGUUCAUGGGAAUGCAGAAAUGGCUGAAUUGGCUGCUAAGAACCUUCUUGAGCUGGAGCCUGAAAACGGUACGGCUUAUGUUCAAUUAUCCAAUAUAUACGCUAAGUGUAAGAGAUGGGAUGAGGUGCGAAGACUAAGACAAAUUGUAAUGGAGAGGGGAAUCAAGAAAGAACCCGGUUGUAGUAUGAUAGAGAUGAAUGGGGAGGUUCAUGAAUUUGUGGCGGGCGAUCGAUCUCAUCCACGAAGCGAGGAGAUUUAUACAAAGUUAGGAGAGAUGGCUAAGGAGUUAAAGAUUGCUGGUUAUGUUCCUGAUACUUCGGAGGUGUUACUUGAGACGGCGGACGAUGAGAGAGAGAACGCUAUUUUUUGGCAUAGCGAGAAGUUGGCAAUGGCGUACGGAUUAAUCAGUUCGGAUCCAAGUGUUGUGAUUAGAAUUGUUAAAAACUUGAGAAUGUGUUUAGAUUGUCAUAGAGCAAUAAAGCUCUUGUCGAAGAUAUAUGAAAGGGAAGUAGUUGUGAGAGAUCGGACUCGAUUCCAUCACUUCAGGCAUGGAUUGUGUACUUGCAGGGAUUAUUGGUGAUUCAUUUUGCAUUGAUGGCAAGUAACAAUGUUUGAACCAGAAAUUAAGAUAUGUGUGUAAUUUGUGAUAUUUGAUCCUCAGGAUUUUUUAUUUAUACUGCACAUGAAUGUCAUUACCUCUA